AUUUCCGCUGAUUUUCAGUGCCAUAUCCGCUAACAAUGAUGAUAUGUAUCGAUAUUGAUGUUUCCUUUUGGGGAAUAAAUAUGGAAGAAGUUGAAGCUGCAAACAAAGCAGCAGUGGAAAGCUGUCAUGGAGUAUUGAAUCUCUUAUCACAACAAACCAAUGAUUCCAAAUCCAUAAUGGUUGAAACAAGAGAAGCAGUUUCCAAGUUCAAGAGAGUCUCCACUCUUUUGACUAGAGGUUUAGGUCAAAGGAUGAUUAAGAAACUCAACAACAACAACUACAAGUUUAGCUCUUCUUUGUUGCCUCAACACAUCUUCUUAGAAAGUCCUAUUUGCAGUAAUAAUGCUAUAAGUGGUUGUAUUCCAGUUCUAGCACCAAAGCCUCUUCAGAUUGUACCAGCUAGUCAUCCUUCAAUGAUGUUGCUUAACCAGAAAAUGUGUGUUGACAAGUCGUUUCUCGAGCUAAAGCCACCGUCUUUUCGAGCUGUUGAUUCAAAACCUUAUCAGGUUAUUCAUAACCAUCAGCAAGGAGUGUACUCAAGGAGCAAAAGUGGUUUGAAUCUAAAGUUUGAUGGGUCUAUUGGUGGUAGUUGUUAUUCACCAACUAUGUCAAAUGGGUCAAGAUCGUUUGUUUCAUCUCUUAGUAUGGAUGGUAGUGUGACGGAUUACGAUAGGAACUCGUUUCAUUUGAUUGGAUUACCUCAAGGAUCCGAUCAUAUAUCACAACAUUCUAGGAGAACUAGUUGCUCUGGUAGUUUGAAAUGUGGAAGUAGAAGCAAAUGUCAUUGUUCCAAGAAAAGGAAACUGAAGGUGAAGCGAACGAUCAAAGUACCGGCAAUCAGUAACAAGAUUGCGGAUAUACCUCCUGAUGAAUAUUCGUGGAGGAAAUACGGACAGAAGCCGAUAAAGGGUUCUCCUCAUCCUAGGGGAUACUAUAAAUGUAGCAGUGUGCGCGGUUGUCCAGCGAGGAAGCAUGUUGAGCGAUGUGUAGACGAAACUUCGAUGCUAAUUGUGACUUAUGAAGGCGAGCAUAACCAUUCAAGAAUACUCUCUUCUCAAUCAGCUCAUACCUGAUUGAUUAAACCGGCUUUGUAGCUGCGAUCUUUAAUUGUAUAUUCUACUUCGUGAACUCGGAUUCUCUUGCAUAACAAUUUGGCUUCAGCUUUAUCUACAUAGAGGUUUAGUUAUAUAUGCAUUAUGUAGUUGUUUUGGUUUGCAUCAGAUGUUGAUUCAAUAGGUUUGCCUUUGUUGAGAAAAUGUAAACUGAUGUAGUUCUCAGAAUCUUAUAUGAUUUGGUUCCUCUGUUUCACUCCAAUGUAUGUUAGUA